UUUAAUGGUUUUCUUAGUUUUUUGCGCAUUUCUGAAAAUAAAAUGUAUGAAAUUCAAGAACUAUCAGAUGAACUAUUAAGAUUAGAAUUAGAAAAAAAUAGUUAUAAACCAGGUCCUAUUACUGAUUCAACUCGAUAUUUAUAUCAAAAAAAAUUAUAUAAUUUAAAAACUAAUAAUUAUUUACAACUAGAUAAAUCUAAAAAUUUAGAAUCAAAUUUUAAUACUGUUAUUAAUAAAAGGUGUGUUCGUUAUUAUUCACAGGAACUGGAAUAUAUCAUAAAUAGCAACAAAUCUAUAUUGACAUUUGAACAUCAUCCAGAUUUAAUAAAAUAUUGUGAUAAACUUUUUGGAAAAAUUCAUAAUAAUAUUUCUUAUAAUCUACCUUCAUAUAAUAAAUCUAAGAAAAUAUAUUUUAAUUAUAUAUUAUUAGACCCAAAUAAAACCACAAAAAUUGUAACUAUGAAAUGUUUAAAACAAAAUAUAUCAAAAGAUCAGCUUAAUCUAAAUGUGUUUAAAGAAUUUUUAGGGGCAAUUUUUUAUAUUGGGAAAGGUUCUCAAAUUAGACCUUAUUCACAUUUAAUUGAAGCUUUAAAUACAUUAAAAUGCACAGUUAACACAUCUAAAGAAACUUUAGAAAAAGAAAAAACUAUUUAUAUUAAGAAAAUUUGGGAGGAAGGGUUGGGCAUUAUAUCGUUACAUAUUUUUCAUAAUCUUCCCUCAAAUGAUGCCUUGACCAGGGAGGCAUCUAUGAUAGAUGCAAUUGGCAAAAGCAACUUAACUAAUCAAAAAAGGGGUACAUAUUAUGGUGAAAUUCAGGAAUGGCCUCAAACAAAAAAAUGUGUAUUAGGAUCAUACUUGCUAUAUAAGGCAUUUCAAAUUUAUAUAUGUGAAGGGGAAACUCAAAUGAAACCUCAAGACCUAUAAAAUUUUAGUUAUUUAUACAAUAAUAUACAUAUUUUUAAUAUUUAAUGCAAUUUUAUAAUCAUAUUUGUAUAUCUUUGAGAUCUAUUUAUAUAAAUUUUGACCCAAAUCAAACUUUAAGAUUAAUAUAUAUUUUUUAAUAUGAUAUACAAAAACUAAAUACAGCUUUCUACAUUACAUAUAAAAAUAUCUACAGACAAUUUUAGAUAAUAGGAAUGAUAAUAUUUUUUUUUAUAAUAUAUAAUUUUUUAAUCUCAUAAUUACUAUUUUUUAUCCUGUAUUGUCAAAGUAUUAAUAAAUUUAACUAUGACUUUUUUAAAAUUAAUAUUUAUUUUUU